GUAGAGCCAUGUUUGACUAUGACAAGAGCAAAGACAGUGGUCUCCCAAGCCAAGGACUCAGUUUUAAGUAUGGAGACAUUCUUCACGUCAUCAAUGCCUCGGACGAUGAGUGGUGGCAGGCGAGGAGGGUCACCCUGGAGGGAGACAGUGAGGAGAUGGGAGUUAUACCCAGCAAGAGGAGAGUGGAAAGGAAGGAGCGUGCCCGUUUGAAGACUGUGAAGUUCAAUGCAAAGCCUGGUGUCAUUGAUGCAAAAGGGUCAUUCAAUGACAAGCGUAAAAAGAACUUCAUCUUUUCACGAAAAUUCCCAUUCUACAAGAGCAAGGAGCAGAGUGAGCAGGAAACAAGUGAUCCAGAACGUAAGUAACCUCUCGGAGACGAUGCCACAUGCAGCACAAAAAAUGGGUGACACGCAUGAUAUCAGUAUCCCACACAUCUAGGCAAAUACAUGUUGUAGGCAGGCAGGCGAGGUAUUACUACUGUGACCAAUGUGUGACUGCAAUUUGGAUCCAGCUGGUCCUUCCUUCCUUGGAAAUAUCAUUUUCUGA